UUGACAGGCGCAGGGCGAUGUGUUGAAAUUGUAUCACACCAUCCAUACAGCGCCUCUGGCCACAUUUUUCUGAUCAAGUAUAAAUUGACUUUUAGUCCGUUGUUAAUUCCAUAAAACAUUCGUUGCUGUGAGGUUAACAUUGGAUUCCCUAUGCUGUGUGAGCCAUGGCCAAGUCAUUGAAUAUCCCUCUAGAGGAAGAGAUGGUUAGCAUCUUAGGCCAAUGUGGAUCAGCUCUGACUAACGUCCUGCAAAGCAAGUUUGGAUGCACUACUGUGCUCCAUGGUGUAGAUGCCACCUGUGCAGGGCAGUCGAGGAAGCCCUCUGUCUUCCCCGAGGAAAGGUUUUCUACACAUCUAUCCAAGAGCUUCAAGGUGUCUGUGUGGAAGGAUGACCUUACCACUCACCGUGUUGAUGCUGUGGUCAAUGCUGCCAACAACAGGCUAAAGCAUUGUGGAGGUCUCACAAAAGCGCUUAGCGAUGCUGGUGGCCCAGCUAUCCAGCAAGAUAUUGACCAGUACAUUUUCAGACAAGGAAAGUUGUCAAUAGGAGAUGCUAUCAUCGCCCCACCUGGAUACCUUCCAUGCAGGAAUAUCAUUCAUGCUGUGGGUCCAAACCUUCCAUACAACAACAGAAAAUAUGAAGUUGAUAAUGUCACACCACAACUCCAAAGGGCUGUUUUAAGCAUUCUGAAAGUGGUCAAGCAAGAUAAUCUGCAGUCAGUUGCCAUUCCUGCCGUAAGUUCUGGCCUCUUCAACUAUCCCUUGCCACUCUGUGCAGACGUCAUUGUUAAAACCCUGAAAGAGUACCAUGAUUCAAAUUAUUCUGGUGCUCCACUAGAGGUUCGUCUAGUUAAUCAUGAUGAGCCAUCGGUCAGGGAGAUGGCGAGAGCUUGCCGUCAAAUACUGGGGUCCUCGGGUUCACAUAGUCAACCAGUGGAAGCUCAGGGGCAGCCACCUAAGGCUUCAUACAGUCAAGCUGCAAGGAGCCACGGGAAGGGCUCCACCAAACCCUUUUCAACACCCACGGUUCAGCUUGGGAAUGUCAGUCUGACCAUCAAAAAAGGAUACAUUGAGAGAGAGCAGGUUGAGAAGGUGGAGAAUAGCACUCUGAAGCAUCUCUUUGAGAUAAAGAAGAGACAGUUGUACCAGCGCCUGCCAGUGCAAUACUGUGACCUGGUCAGCCGAGUGGGCUUCCAGAGGGAGUUUGCACCACCUGACGAGCAAAAUCAUGGAGAGGGGAUCUACUUCAGUAGCAGUGUGCAUGGGACAGAGAAGCUGUGGAGGCGCUUGGCUGAUGAAGAGUACCUGUACUUUUUUGCAGCACAGGUGCAGACAGGGAAGUCUACUAUUGGCACACCAGGUCUUAUUGUGCCACCGGAGACCCCCGGUGGAGACCCCCUAAUCCUGUAUGACAGCGUGGAAGGGGGCGUAGACACCUGUGUCAUUUUCAAUGGUCACCAAGCCCUACCUGAAUAUCUGAUCAUCUGCACAAAAAAAACUUCAACCCAUAAGUUCUAAUAACGAAGUCCUAUGAAAUAUAGAUCUUAAUUUCGUUCAGUGAUUGUCUACUCCAUAGUCUAUGCAGGAAAACUGGAUUUGAUACACCAAUAUAGGAAAUUCUGACAAUUGCAUCACAUGUAUAUUGUUUUUUGAUUUGCCAUGGUUUAGUUUAGUUUAAUUAUCUGCCUCCAUAUUAGCACUACGGCUUCAGUUUACAGCCAACUAAAUUUUAUUGCAGUUUCAAUGGGUGUGUUAUGAAUUUAGCAGUGGGUUUGCAUGUAUACUGAACAAAAAUAUAAACGCAACAAUUUCAAAGA